GGUCGGACCAAUGGGAAGGAAGGGAUGAUGAGCAGCGGCACAGGCUGAGAGGAAUCAGAAGCGUCGUCUCACUUCUGCGCGGUGAGUCGGCCUGUCGUGGUGACCUGUUCUCAUGGACCCCGAGAGAGGUCCCUCUCUCUCUCUCUCUCUCUCUCUCUUUCUCUCUCUCUCUCUCGCUCGCUCUCGCCGCGCUCCUCCGUCUCCGCUCGGCCGCUUCUCUCUCGCGCUCGCCCCGCCGCCGUCCCGCUUCCCACCCAUGCAAAACAGCCGAUCGCAUCCCUCUCGCCCACCCCUUUCGCUCCUACCCUACCGUCGGCCCCACUCCUGAGCCGGAGCUCAGGUUCCUCUCGUUUGACGAUCACUUCCGUAGCUGGAGUCCAAGUCUCGCCGCGGUGCCUCAGUCUCUGGCUGGAUGCAGAGCUGUGAAGACCCGAGUCGCGGUGCGUCAGCCGAGUGCAAGAGAGGAAGAGACCGAGAGAGAGAGAGAGAGAGAGAGAGAGAGUACGAAGUGCGAUCGAUCGCCGUGACAGUCAGUCGUGUUCGUCGGCGCGCAGAGAACAGUCGCCCGGAGCCGUCACCGCCGCCGUCGUCGUCGUUGCGCGAUACUUCUCCUCUCCGGUGAUAUGCGUCGCACGGACGGCCCGCUGGGGUCGCAUCGUCGGAAUAGCGAAUAGCUCGUGGGCUUUCCCGGAACAUCCCCUCGGGUCCCGGGUCCCGGGUCACUCCGGGAUCAAAGUGCGUCGGCCGCGCUGUGGGAGCCGAUCGCAUGGACUAGUGCGGAAAAUUGUGAUCUGUUGUUUGGGUGUUGGAGUUUACAUCCCGGAGGAGUGAACUCUCCCGCGGGACCCAGCUUACCAGUCGGUUGGUCCGCAGCGGAUCGCCGCCAUCGGGAAUCAUGGAUUACGCGAAGAAGGUGACGGACACCCAAAACGGACCCGACCAAGAGCAAGAGAAUGAAACGCAGAGCGAUGCUGCGUCGCCGUCAUCGAGUAUUGAACUGGUGGAGAGCGCGCGCCCAUGCUCGACAUGUCCGUCGAUGCUCUCGAAUUCUCGCGAGCUGAAUCACCAACGCGAGCACAAUUCACCUCGCAGCACGGACUGCAGCGGCGAGGAAGACUAUAGUUGCGGCAAAUGCAACAAAGUCCUAGUACCAUCCAACGACGAGCGGCCAGUUCAUCGGACACUGUCGCCCAACAGUUGCACAGACUCUGAAGGAGGCAGCAGCGGCUCGGACAGACCAGCGGCAAGUGUCCGAGACGAGUACAACAGCAACGAGCUGGCUAGCGGUAACUCGCCAGAGUCGCUCGAGCGGCAGGAAGCGUCACCUAGCGGCCGCACGACGAACAAACGAAAGUGUCCGGACAGCGAGGUAGACGAGACGGAGAGUCAAAGGAGGGACAGCAAGAUUCUUCUGAACAACUUCAAGAUGGUGAUCAGGUUGGACGAGGGCUUCACUUGCCCGGUCUGCGGGCGGCAGGACUUCGCGACAAGCGCGUUGCUGCAAACUCACCUGGAGUGCCUCCACCCGGAGUUCCCAGCCAAGUGCGAGGUCUGCAACCUUACGUUCAAGAACCAUCGUACGCUGAAUCUGCACCGCAGCAUGAAGCACUUCAGCGAGAAUACAACUGGCACGAACAGUCGGGGCGCGCGCAACUACGUGGACGGCUUCAACGAUUGCACGUUCGUCGACUUCUCGUCCACUAAGUUCCCGACGAUCGCGCGGGCGGUGUGCGAGCGGGAACCGCAUCGGCCAGCUUCAGGUGAGGCCAACAAGUUCCAGUGCAUGAAGUGCCUCCGCGCGUUCCCAUGCAGCCAAGCUCACCUGGCCCACGAGGAGGAAUGCAAAGGUCCAUAUGAGAACAAAAGGACCAAUAAUGACAACAAUAACAAUAAUAACAUCAGCACCAAUAAUAACCUCGACACGGACCUGGAUCUUGCGAGUCCACCGGCGGACGACCUGAAAGUCAAGCGCGAGACCUUCUUCGCGACUUUGGACCUGCAGAACAACUCGACGGCGCACGAGGUACUGAAAGAGCGCAAAGAACGUGUAAAAGAGCCUACAACGAACGACGUGAAAGAGCCGAAGGACCUGGCGGAUAUCCAGAGCAUCAUUCUGACCGUCGCCAACAACGCGCCCAUGUCGUUCCCGCGCUCCGACGCGAGUACGCCGGAGAACAACGUCAAGUUCAACCCGAGCGUCGGCUCUUCCGGCUCGUCGGGCACUUGCUCGUCCGAAUACACUGAGGAGGAAGGUCAUGAGUCCUUCGCCGCGGAAUUUCGCAAAAUGAAGCUGAAGGGCGAGUUCCCUUGCAAGUUGUGUACGGAGGUGCUGCGCAACUUGCGAGCGCUCAAGGGCCACAAUCGCGUGCACAUCAAGCAUGCUGGCGAUUACGGCUUGCCGUAUCCUUGCAACAUGUGCUCCUACACCAGUACUGACAAGACGACGCUGCAGAGGCACGUAAGGUCUCACAACGGCGACCGGCCGUUCGAGUGCUCGCUCUGCAACUACGCUUUCACCACUAAAGCGAACUGCGAGAGGCACGUAAAGAAGACGCACAAUAUGUGCAGCAAGGAGGACAUUCAAAACGCGCUCAUCUACCACCCGAACGAGGACUCGACCAACGACAACGUCGUCGGCAGGAGCUCGCCCCGAGCCAACCGGGAGGACGCACGGAAGACGUUGGUUUACCCGAGCGAACACGAAGAGGCUGUUUUCCAACACCACCAACAACAGCCUUACACGACGGACUGCAGAAAUCCAGGUCCAUCCGCAUUAGCGGUGACGACGCGCUCUGACAAGCCGGAACCCCUGAAUCUCGUGAAGAAGGACACCCCGGACCUGAUCAUGCUGCAACUGCCGCUGAUGAACGUCAAUUGCUCGCGAGCGGACGAAGACGCUGAGUCGAGAUCGUCGGAUGGCAGCGUAUCUCUAGUCAGUGAUACCAGGCCAGACCAAAGAAUUCAAGCUAGUCCGAUGAAUCUGUCGAAGCCGUCCACGAGCGGCGCUCACUUUGUACCAGCCGCGAGUGGGUCCGAAGAUAGUCCGCUAGACUUGUCUAUGGACGUAUUAGACUUGAGCAAGAAACGCAAGCGGGAGGGUGAGGCAUCUGGCUCUUCUAGCGCAGAGGACUUGCAGCAUAGCAGCAGGCAGAGAGAGAUGUACAAUGUCACCAGCCACGCGUUGUUCCUCACGCAUGCUCUUAUGAGCAACGCCGCCGCCGCGCAGAACUCCGUGCCGACGUCACUCGAAAGCUUCUACGCCAACACUCGUUCCCUCAUUUACCGUAACUUGGGCACUUUGACAGCCGGCGCGGUCGGCGCCAGCAUGAUACCGCCGUACUUACUCAACCCGCAAAUGCUAAACCACGGGUUGGCGGUGAACGGCAGCAAAUUGCAAAGGGACCUGGUGCGAGGCCUGCAGCUGACCGGCGGUGGCACCAUGGUGGACCACUCUUUGCCUAGCACGAGUUACGCGGUGCAUUCUCAGGUGAGCGGCAACACUGGCACUCCGCAGCCCCCGAGCGAGCCGAACGGGUACCCGAGUCCGAAUGCACAGGUCGCAGCCACUCAACAGCAGUCGACGACUUCGCGUCAAUUAACACGACGAGCCGAGAACGUGCCGUCCAACAACUCGGUGAAGAUGGUGCUAAAAGACGGCAUAUUGGUGCCCAAGCAGAAGCAACGCAGAUACCGCACCGAGCGACCGUUCUUCUGCGCAAUUUGCUAUGCGCGUUUCACCCUGAGGAGCAACAUGGACCGACACGUGAAGCAGCAGCAUCCUCAGCGUUGGUGCCAAAAGAAGGCCCGUGGAGGCCACUCAGCCAGAGGUAGACCUCCUGCGAAUCACGCAGCUAACAUGUCUGUACAGAAUCCGGACGUCGUUCCGGAAGACGUUGGCUCGCCGAGCCCGCAGGUGGCUCAGUUGAACGCGAACACGCCGCGCACCGAGUCGCCGAUGACCUCGACGGAGCACAGCCGGCACUCCAUCUCCGACCAAGUGAAAUACGCGAUUCUGGCGCAGCAGUUGAAAGCCAGCAAGAUGGAUGACAACGACUCGGAACAGGAGAUGGUGAUAGACGAGGGCUCGGCCGACCGGGAGCCGCAGGAGUCGCAAGCUCAGCAAGAACCCAACGCGAGCUUGUUGAGGGGCCAGUUGGAGGGCAACGAAGGUGUCAAAGACGUUGUCGUGAAAAUGGAGGCAGAGGAAUCUGUGGAAGGCACAUUGGAUGAGUCUCACAGUGAGCAGAUCACACCCUCUGACGUCGAUAAGAUCAAGAAGGAGGAACUGCCGACCGUGGACAGCAAAGAGACAUAUAGCGAAGACGCGAUGAAGACGCAAACCACUGGAGGCGAACAGGGCAAACUGGAAGACGGCACAGCAGACUUGGCGAGCGUGUCGAAGCUCCUGGACAACGCUUCGCAACAAUAUCAACAAUUUAAGCCGCAGUACUUAAGCGAUGAGGAGGGUUUGAUGGCCUCGACCAGCGAUUACAACAAUUCGGGCAGCGAGAAAUCGGAUUCGCUUAAUUCGCUCAACUCUGAGGCUUCAUCGAGCAAGAAGAGAAAGAAGAAGAAAAAGUCCGCUUACUCGAUGGCGCCAAACAGGGUGAUCUGCCCGUAUUGCCAACGCCCGUUUCCGUGGACUUCAUCGCUGAGACGGCAUAUUCUCACACACACAGGCCAGAAGCCAUACCAAUGCAAUCACUGUUCACAUCACUUCACCACCAAAUCCAACUGCGACCGUCACUUACUGAGGAAGCACAAGACGAAGGCGAACAAGACUCGCCGUGUUCGAAAUUCCACGUCGCCGGAGGUCGAGCAGGUAGUCGUCAAUAGCAACAGCAACACGUUCACAACGAGGAACGUGCCCGAGAGACCGUAUAAAUGCAACCAGUGCCCGAGCUCGACGUUCUCCACGUUGGGCAACCUCAAGAAACAUCGCUCAACGAAGCACGCGCUUCGCAAGACCAAGUCGAGGUCGGACACGCCGUCUAGCGACCAACAGAACAGCCCGCCGCAGUCGUCCGCGCAGAACGACCAAAGCGACUACGAGAGUCGGUCGUCUAGUGUCUCCGAGAACACUGACAAUUCUCCGUCCGCCACAAAGUCGAACCCUACCACGUCUCCGUCGAUAAAUCACGAAACCACCAGGUCCCGUAAGUCAUCCCCGACACCGGUCGAUGUGCCCUUCAAAUGUCACCUGUGCGACAGCUGCUUCACAGAGCGCCAAGAUUGUCUGGAGCAUAUCAAGGUGAAUCACAAGCGUUCAUAUGAGAUGUUAGUGGCCAAGGGCGCAUUGGACAUGGACAUAGACGCGUCUGAGGACCAAAUGCUAGCUCAACAACAUUCCAGCGACGGUGAAGGGAAAGGCGGUCGUUUCCACGACUAUAGUAACAGAAAGGUUGUAUGUGCAUUCUGCAUGAGACGAUUCUGGUCCGCGGAGGACCUUAGGCGGCACAUGAGAACCCACACUGGCGAGAGGCCCUUCCAAUGCGACAUCUGCUGCAGGAAGUUCACCUUAAAGCACAGCAUGCUGCGUCACCGCAAGAAGCACGAGUCCGUCGACUCGUCCAUGUACAUAGCUAAUAGCGGCGACGAGGAAAACCCGCCUACGCAGCCACCGACGAUAACCCCGAGGAGCCAACAACAUUCGCCGGUACCAACCAAUACCAGCAGACCCCGAACUCAAGACAGAAUCUCCCUGCCGACUGUCGCGGCAGUCGCGACCGCGGAUGCGGCGCCCUGCGCGCUUAUGCGGUACAAUCACUACGAUAAUAUGGCCACUUUGACCGGCAGAAUGGCGAACGAUGGCUCCCAAAACGCUGCGCACCCUCCCCUUCGCUCCACGCCUCCGCCCGCGGAGGCGUCGGGCGAAAGUGGCGAGAAUGAUCUGAUCUCCGACUUGCUGGGGAUACGCGAAAAGGGUCUACUCGACAAGGUUCUUCUCAGCACGCGGACGACGCGGCGAAAUUGUUGGGUGUCAAUCGUAACGAGUGAUAAACGGUCAGCCGGAGGCGUAGACUGCCGAAUAGCGGACAUUUCCGAGCCUGAACGCGGGCUGCUAAUGUACUAUGAACAGAAUGUACUAUGAAAGGAGCAACGACGAAGGCUAUGAAUCUACCGGACGAUGAGAAAUGGCGAGGGUGAAUACGAAAUUAUUCGCAGUGUAUUCCGAAAAAAAGUUUAUUAGAACAAUAUCAACCUUCCCCCUGUGUGUCAUUAUGUUAUUUAUUAAUCAUGUUAUCAUGUUAUCAAUCAAAAUUAAUAUUUAUGUUACUAUAAUGUGUUAUUAAAUUAAAAGAUUGUGCACUCUAUUUAGAAAAACGGGGAGGGAUUUUUUAUUCCUCGGAGGACCCCUCUAAGAGAAGGCAAGAUCAUGAGAAGUAAGUUCUUUUAAACGGUUAGAACUGCUGAAACGACAAAAGAGAGGUUAAGCAAAAUCGAAUCCGAUAGACACUCCUGUGCGUAUUCCUCAGAGAAAAAUGUUUUGAACUGAGAGAUGAACAAUUCACUCAUUCAUUGCUUGUAACAAUGAACGACACUCGUUGUAGUGGAAAUGCACGAUAAGCUGAAACUUGCAACUUGAGUAGACGUAGAAGAUUGUUGUUAAAAGUUGCUAUUUUGUAGCGUGACAAUGUUCAAAGUGUGUCAAAUGCACAUUUAUGUUUGAAUGAUUCGAAAAUACAUUAAAAGCCAGAAGACAAAAAAAAAACAAAAGAUCACAAAAAAAAAGUUCAUAAACAGUGAGACCUGCUACACGGCAACGUUAAUCCCGAUUAGUAACUACCGUAGUUAGUGCAAUCUCGAAUCCGAUUAGAGAUAUUUUUAGAUCUAAAGGAAUAUACCAAUCGGAUCAAAGAAUUCACUAACUACGGUUGUUACUAAUCUGGAUUAACGUUGCCGUGUAAACGUAAUUAGUUUUCGUCUUUCAACCUAAGAUUUAAGACAUUUUUUGUAAGGGUAUAUGAACAUUUGCAGCAAGAUUUAAAAGAUGAUGACUUAGUAAAUUCUCCAAUGUUGUUUUAAUAAAUAUUGAAUCUGUAUAAUCUCACAAAAAAAUAUAUUAGGUUAAGUUAGGUUAAAAUACGUUGAGAAAAUAACUAUUUAUACACUGUUGCUUUACUUUUAAUCCAAAGCAAAUCUGCGACUCUUUAAGAAUCUUUGAACGAACCGAGUAUGAAUGAUAAUCUGAAGGUGUAAAAGUUCUUUUUCUUUUCUCAAUGCGUAGCAUCGAUCAUUGAUAGACCAUGUCAAUCGGUAUUGAGUAAUUCUGAAUCUGAAUGAUGAUAAAUCUCAGAUAAUGAUGACAGAUGUAUAGGUUGCUUAAUAAGGCCCUCGCAUGAAAUCGAGAAAGUCAAUGCGUUGCUCUCGUACAAAAUCGGAAAGAUCGACGAAGCCAAGGCUGUGAAGGCUGUGGACAUCUCGAUACUUGGACACUCGGUGUCCCGAUUGUCUCAGCAACAGUACGAGCAUGAGCAGUCUUCUAGCUUUAUCUCGAGUUGCGAAUCAGUUUGAGCUUAUCGUAUUUUACUGCAGCGACUUCUGUUCAUUAUUUCUCGUCUUUUUCGAGACAAUAUACUUCAGAUAAAGACUUACAAGAGAGAAUGGUGUACAAGUGGCUUGUUCAUCGACAUAAAACUUCUCUAUGACGGUGCACAGAGAA